AUGUCGUGCCCACAGAAAAAACCAUGCGAAUCAGAAUCGUCGUUCAAUAUCUUCGAUUAUCUGCACAAGGCGCGCAAUGCGUCCCAUUGGCUCGGCCACUUCAAUGAUCCGCCGUCGCCAACAGACGAAUUCGACGAUUGGCUGAUGUCCGCCAACUCGGCUGACCCUACGUCCAACGGCUGCUGCGGCGGUGGCAGUGGCGGCGGCAGCGUCGGCCAGAAGUGUCCAUUCGUCGAUGUGUUCCUGUACAUGGUGCUCAAGGCCCGGCAGGCCGCGGCCGCCAUGGCCGUCAUUAUGCUCAGCGCCAUCGUCAUCGCCCUCCGGUCCACGCAGUUCGUCUCCGGCCGCUGGACUCAAGCGUUCGGGGCCAAAUGCACGAUUCCCGGCGUCCAAAUGUUCUGCGCCCAGGCGGCCGCCCUGCUCUUGUUGAACAUGUUCGUGCUGUUCACCGUCUACUGGCCCGCGUACCUCGCGUUCCUCAGCAUAACAAGCGCCAUGGCGUGGGUCAUCACCGCGAUCAAGGCCUCCGUCCUCAGCGUUGUCGUCUUCUUAGUGUAA